AUGGAGUCGAGAAUCGUAAGUAUACAAACCGAAAGCUCUGUUCAAACAAAUAAACUAAGUAACAGAUAUUUCGGUUCGUUAUUGUUCAACCUUGGAGCUUUCGCCCUGCCGGCACUAUACAGCACCCUUAGCAAGCUCUGGAUCGCGAACAUCGACUCAAAACAAGUGGUCACGACAGAUAUCUAUACAUACAUUGGAAUAAUCGUGGAAGUGCUGAAUGAGGGUCUACCGCGUUCUGCAUGGCUUGUGAUCGGCGACAAGUCCACGCGAAAUAUGAACUCACGGCUGAAUCUCGCUUACACGAUGAUCCUGGUGCAAAGCGCGCUUGGGAUAUUGAUGACGGUGAUAUUUUUGGCUACCUCCAAGACACUGGCCGCGGGGUUUGUACCAAUCGAAGUCCGGAAGACCUCCAUUACCUACGUGCGACUGUCGUCUGUACAGGCCGUGACAUCGGCGGUCGAAGCCGCUUUGUCGGCGUCAACCAGGGCGCUGGAUAAUCCCGACGUGCCGUUGAUUAUUAGUUCGACUAAAAUUCUUGUCAAUAUCGUGUUGGACUUAAUAGUUAUUUCGAAGGCCCACGUCGGUGGCUGGACACCUACGAUUGUCAUGCAGGGUGUCAUUCGCUUGGUUUGUGAUAGCGUGUCUGCGUUAGCCGGGUUGAUUUACUUUCUCACAGUCGUUGUCAGGCGCUGUCAGAGGGAAUCGCGCAAUCCGAGGAGACUAAAAUUCAGCUUGUCAGCUCUGAUGGUCCUCAUUAAACCAAGCGUUUACACUUUUGCAGAAUCGGCGGUUCGGAAUGCGAUCUAUCUGUGGCUGGUGCACAGAAUCAUCUUGCUAGGAAGUGAUUAUGCAACAGCAUGGGGUGUAUUCAACACAAUUCGUUGGGGGCUCGUCAUGGUUCCCGUACGGGCAUUGGAGGCUUCGACUCUAGCCUUCGUAGGCCACAAUUGGGGACGUUUCCGUGCUCGUAGUGACACUGAACACCCUCGGGCAACCAGAAAAGAUCUUCUUGAAAUAAUGCGGCCGGCAAUUCGUGCCUGCGUGGUUGCUUUGGUAUUCGAGACCGUCUUAUGCAUCGCAUUAUCACUGCGUGGGAUAGAAGAAUUCGCUCAUUAUCUUUCUGGGUCUAGGACUGUGGCAAGUAUUACCCAAACGAUGUGGAAGAAUAUUGACUGGACGUACAUCUUCUAUGGGUUGAAUUGUCAGAUUGCGGCUAUUCUACUUGCGACGUCGCCGAGGUGGUACCUCUACCAAUCACUUGGAUCCAAUCUGCUUUGGAUGCUGCCAUGGGCGAUUGUAGUAACCGUUAAAUCCCUACCAAGCUCCUCAGCAUGGACGUUCUAUGCAAUCAUCUUUGGUGGAGCUCUUGUUUUCGACGUGAUUUAU